UAUGGGACAGAAUCAGAGCUCAGAUUCUCCCAAUGAUCAGAAAGCCAAAGCUGGACGUAAAAGGUUAAGUUUAAGUAAGAAUCCCUCAGUUACUAGUGUACCUGGUAUUUGCUCUCAAGAAGUGGAAGAUAAGGAUAUAUCAUCUAAAACUACAUCAAUGGGAAAGAAGAGAGUUCCACAAACGCCUAAAUUCUUUAGUAAACCAAAAAAAAAAGAAUCGAACAAGGAAGAAAUAAAUUUUCGUACUCUACCUGGACUAUCCUCAAAAGAUAAGGAUAAUUCGUCUUUUGAUAAGAAAACCCUUGUUCAAAAAUAUACUCUGCCGUUUAGACCCAAACAAAUGCUUAAUAGCUCAUCUGAUUACACUCUGCAAAAUAAAUGUAAUAAUCAACCAGAUAUUUUGCAAUCUGCAAUGUCGACACCAGUUUUGAAUGAAUGCACUAAAAUUCCAACAGCUAGAAGAAUGCUAAAAAUGGGUGUUAGCUCUUUAAAUAGAAGCUUAGCAGAAGUAAAUGACGAAAGUUCAUCGAGAACAAGCCUCAUUGCUGUUGGCGGAAUGGUUAAAAUACCAUCAGAGGGCGUUCAAAUCUGUUUUCAAGUGUGCCAAUAUGAUAUUAGGCCCUAUGCAGAAGCAACAGAAAGCUUUUGCCCAAAUUCAUCAGCCUAUUCGAUAACCGAAAUCCUGCAAACAGGUGUGAAAAUGUCGGUAUCAACGAAAAGCAACCCGAAAUUUUUUCUGACUGCUCUGCAACGGGUCUCUGUAGGCCUGUGCAAGACUGUUGAUCUGCAAAAAAUAGAUGAAUUGCCUAUAGCACAAGCUCUUUCGAACGUUUUGGAAAGCGUCGGUUUUGUUUGCGUGGACCGCGUUGCGAUUUGUUAUCAUUGCUGUGCAGCGGCGGUACCGACUAUUGCUGUAUCUGCGGAAAACGUUCUUUCCAGCCAUUCUAUUACCGAAAUAGAAUACGAACGUUUCGUCGCUAUUGAAAGUGACUUAAACAACGAAUUUCUUGAUUUUGUUCUUUUAUAUCGCGAAUUUAAUUCGCCAAUUUUAGGUCUUUCUUAUACAUUGAUCUCUACUGAUUUCGCUCUUGCAGUAGAAACAAAAGAUAACUUCGAUUUUGAUAUUUUUGAGAAGCUGAAGCAUCAUAGACUCUCGGUUUCGGAUACCAGUUCAGUUAUAGAAAUAACUGAAAAUGUUACAGCAGAGGAAACUGUUUCAUUGAAAUUGCUACUAAAAGACGUUGAUAUUGAUGAGACAAUAGAUUUAGAUUUAAAGGAAGACUCUACAGACUCAAUGGAUUCUAUUUCUGGUAGCGAUGAGCCAGAAGAUAUAACUUCUCUUUCCAAUCGUACUAGAAAAGAUAUGCUAGGUAUGAGCUGCGAUCUAAUGAAUAGGGCAAAUGAACCGAAAGAAUCUAAUGCCAAAGAUACAUGGAUGAGAUGUGUGCAAAUUGUACGUCGGUCGUCUGUGGAUGUCAAUCAGCAGAGGCAAUUGUUGGAAUCUCGAGGUGGGUGCGUUUCCAUUUCGUCACAUCGAGAUCAGGGCUUUCGAAAAUGGGUGGAACAUGAACGAGUAGAGCCAGAUGAAUGUCUUCGAAGAAACUCUCUUAAAUCUCAGGAAGAUAGUUCAGAUGGGGAAUUCAAGAGGCAAACACUCUUACCAGAUAUUGUAAUUGAUCAUAUGAACGAUAAGGAUUCCGAUACAGAUAGUGUUUUAUCGCUCAUCAUGGAAUGUUCCGUAGAAGAUGAAAACUUCUCUUCAAUUAAUGAUGACUAUGAUAACAAUAAGGGAACUUGUAUGAAUACCAAUAAAAGAAAUGUUUGCUCUCUUGUUCGACCAAGGUAUAGAAGCAUUUCUAUAAAUAGUUACAUGAAGAAAGAUGCCGCUAUAGAUACAUCUUCACUUACAAACGAUGAGGAUUGGGUUUUGUGCCUUGAAGAGCUAUCCUCUUCAGAAGAUGAAUGUUAUAACAACGAUACAAACAAUCUUAGGAGAAUCUUCUAG